AUGCCAACAACACUUUAUUUAACAAAUAUAAGUAAUUGUACAAUUAGAGAAUGGACUGAUACAAGUCUUGAAAAGACUGGUAACUUUUUAAAUCAGUCUAGAUGGGAACCAAGUGGUAUCCCAUCAAUUUCUGAUGUCAUAUCAAUUGCUUCAAACAAUAGUAUAGUCAAUGUCAAUUCAUCUACAUCGAUUGGGUCACUUGUUAUCGGAUCACUGAUCAGUCCUUCCAAUACUACCUUUAACAUUCAAAGUCCGGCUCAUUUUACAGUUGCCUCUAAUGUAUCGGUUAGCUUUGGUUCUUCAAUGACAAUGGAUGCAUCUCAACUCAAUACCCCAUUCUUAAAUAUUGAUGGUUUAGUCUCUUUAAAAGCUUCAAAUAUCAAUUCAACUUUGAUUAAUAUUAAAGGUGUAAUGAAUACUUUAGAGGGAGCAUCAAAUAUUGGAUCUGUGAAUAUUUAUCCAAAUGGUUUAUUUUCAUCUACAUUUUCAUCAAUUAAAGUACAAGGAUCAUUCGAAGUAUCAGGGUCAGUUGAUGGAUUGUACACAGAUCUAGUAUUAGAGGAAGCAUUGGAUCGUUCAACUUUAUUAAAUCAAAAGUCUAAAAUAAUAAUGACAGAGAGUUCAAUCAUUUGUAAUCAAACUUUAACCCUAAAGAAUGGUUCAUCCAUUCAAAUUGAUGGAAACUCUUUCUUUUAUAGUUAUUAUCCUACAACUCUUUUUGGUAAUUCAACCAUAUUCUCUACAAAUAUAGGAAUCAUUUCACUCGUUUCAAAUUUAACUUUAUUUGAUCAAUCAAUUGUAAGAGCAAAUAGUGGUGGAUUAGAAUUAUUGGAUGGUGAUAUUAUGAUACAUGGUAGAUCAGGGAUUAUAGCAGGUAAUGGAUCAUAUUUGAGUUUUGAAAAUUCAAUCAUUACAAUGUAUGACAAUGCAACUGUCACCGCUUCAAAUAGUCAAUUCAACAUUUUGAAUGGUACAUUUACUCUGCAUGAUCGUAGUUAUUUAUUAUUGAGAGAUUCAAGUAGUCUUUUGAUCAAUAGUGAAACCGAGACUUCAUUUGUAACACGUGACCAAUCUUUUUGUGAUAUCAGAGGUGAUAGUAGAGUUGUUUUGACUGGUAAAAUGGAAAUGAUGGAUAGUAGUAAUAUAUAUCUACACUAUUCCUCCUUUUUAAUUAUAAAUGGUACUUUAAAACAUCAUGACAACUCUUUUCUCAAUUCAAUUGAUUCUCACAGUCAAGUCAUUGGUGCUCUUUAUUUGGAUGGUAAUGCCAAAGUAGUUUUAAAUAAUUCUACUCUAUCUUUAGAGGGUAGUAUGGAAAUGUUGGAACAAUCAUUUAUCGUAAUGAAUAAUUCUGCAUCCCUCCAAGUAAAUGGUGGUUCUCUAUCAAUUAAUUCUUCAAUAUCUUGUAAAGAUUCUAAUAUUAUUGUUAAUACUGGUGAUUUAAUUUCUUCUAAUGGACCAAUAACAAUUAAUAAUUCAAUUAUUGAAACUAGUGGAAAUGGUAGAAUGAUUUGGAAUGGUGUAACAAAUAUAAAAGAUUCUACUAUUAAAAGUGGAUCACGAUUAUUGUCUAUUAGUGGAUCAAUAGUCGGUGAGAAUCUAACCAUUAUUCACAGUGGGACUGAUUUUAAAGUUGAAAGAAACGGUCAAUUUAUUUGUAAUCAUUGUACAAUUCAUCUAGCUACUGGUGCCUUCACAUAUGACCUCAACUCUACAGUCAUACUAAACAAAACAAUCAUCUUUAAUUUAAAUUCCUCAUCUUUUAAUCCAUUGGGUCAAUCAAUCUAUACUUCUAUUGGUAGUGGUAUAUCAAAUAGUGGUAUAAUUAAUUUAUCUUCAAAUAUUUUAAAAUUAUCUAAUAAUAGUAAUAAUAAUAAUAAUAAUAAUAGUAGUAAUAUUGAUAAUUUAUCAGAACCAUUUUUAAAUAAUACAGAGGGUGGACAAUGGACAUUUAAAUCAAAUAAUAAUAAUAAUAAUAAUAAUGAUAACUCUUCAACAAUUCAAGUAGAAAUUAAAUUUAAUAAUAAUCAAGGACAAGUAUCAAUUGGUAAUUCAACGAUUGUAGUAUUUAUUACAUUUAAUCAAUCAAAUGGUACAUUAUUUUUAAAUGGUGGAUCAAUGGUAUCAAAUGAACCAAUUGAAUUACAUGGUGGACAAUUACAUGGAAAUGGUAAAAUCAAUGGAACCGUCGAUAACAAAGCAGCUACUCUUGGACAAGAUAAUUCCUAUAGUCGUUUUACAAUUAAUGGAAAUUAUACUCAAUCUUCAAAUGGUACUCUUUUUAUUGAUAUUAAUCAAAAUUCAAAUUCAAAUGUAAAUAUAACAAAUGAAACAAAAUUGGAUGGAAAUUUAAUAGUUAGAAUUGAUAGAAAAGUAUUGAAUGGUACAGAAGUUGUAUUUUUGCAAUCUGGUCAAAAGAUACAAGGAGAUUUUAAUAAGAUCAAGGUAUUGGUAUACGAUCCAGAGACUGGAGAGGAAGAUGAUAAUCCUCCAUGUCAAUAUAAAGCUCAGAAAAGGGAAAACAAAUAUUCAAUGUUGGUAACAAUGUGCCAAGACGAGCAAUCCAAGAUACCAGUUCCCAUCAUCAUCGGUGUUGUCAUGGGUAUCACAGCCAUCGGUAUUGCUACAGCCACUCUAAUCUAUUUUAGAGGUAAAAUUCAUCGUAGACUUCAAUACUAUAAUGAAAAUAGAAAAUCAAAGAGAAAUCUUACCUACUAA